AAUAGGGGCAAUUUAGUAAAACGGGCAAAAUUCCAAAUAACCCUACUAGUACUACUACUACUAAAGAACUUAAACGCCUCAAAUGCCAAAACCCUAACUGCUGCUUCUUCUAUUUCAAGCUCCACCUCCUAGACGCAGCCGCCGUUAUUACUCUCCGUAGUUUGCAUUUGGAAGAAUGGUGAGAGUUAGUGUUUUGAAUGAUGCUCUUAAGUGCAUGUAUAAUGCUGAGAAGAGGGGUAAACGGCAGGUUAUGAUCAGGCCAUCCUCCAAAGUCAUCAUCAAGUUUCUUCUGGUGAUGCAAAAGCAUGGUUAUAUUGGUGAGUUUGAGUAUGUUGACGACCACCGAGCUGGAAAAAUUGUGGUUGAACUCAAUGGACGGCUGAACAAGUGUGGGGUUAUUAGUCCUCGCUUUGAUGUUGGAGUCAAAGAGAUUGAAGGAUGGACUGCUAGGUUGCUUCCCUCAAGACAGUUUGGCUAUAUCGUGCUGACAACAUCUGCUGGUAUCAUGGAUCAUGAAGAAGCCAGGAGAAAGAAUGUUGGAGGCAAAGUACUGGGUUUCUUCUAUUGAUAACAGCUUUGGGAAAUUUUGGGCUUGCUGCUGAGUAGUUUAUCCACCUAUCAUAAUUGUUAUUUACAAUAUUUUGUGUUUUUUCUAUUUUGUACUUGAGGCAAUCUUUUGCGUUGAUUUUGAUUUAAGAUUAUAUUACGAGUGCCAUCUGAGAUUUUGAGUA